AUGUCCGGAACAGUUCUCAGCACCCUUUGCAGUAUCUGCCACGCCCAGCCGCCGAAAUACAGAUGUCCGCGGUGCAGCGCGCGCACUUGCUCGGUGCCCUGUAUUCAGAAACACAAGGCACGCGCCGACUGCGAUGGUCAACGCAACCCGCGCGCAUUUAUGCCCCUGAAGCAAUUGAAGACCGCGUCCGGGGUUGACCACGAUUACAACUUCCUCACAUCCAUCGAGCGCGCCCGCGAACGAGCCGAAAAGGACAUCGUUGAAGCCCGCCGGCUGCUUAGUGAGAAAGAGCUGCGACCGCAAAACGAAGAGAAGGUUUUUCAGAAGGUGUGGCACCGCGAUGAGCUGCAUCAUGUUCCCGUUCAACAUCAAUCCUACAAGAAGCAUGGCAAGCCCCAGGAGGGGUUAACAUUCAUCGAUGGCUUCGACAAGCAUGUCCGUCGACGGCUCCGGUUCCUCGACAUCGAGGCCACCACGAUGCCCAAGGGUAUGGCACGGCAAAAGGAGAACGCAACGGCAUGGAAUCGCCGCACACAAUCCAUCAAUUGGCAAGUUGAAUGGCUAGUCUAUCACGUAUCCGAGUUGGGUCUGGCGAUUGCGCCACCAAACGACCAAGACCCCCUUCGCAUCCUCCACAAAACCCUCGAAGGCAAACCUCUUCACUCCGGGCUCGCUUCCACCUUAGAUUGGCACCGCGGCCAGCUCGACCGACAAACCCGUACUCAAACCGCCGCGGAAAACGGGCACGACGCCGAAGCCGAAAUCGAAGCCGACGACGGCGCGCCGCCCAGCUCAAAGAAGCGCAAACUCAACCCUCCCAACAAGAGCAGCACUGAAUCCAAGCCCCGGCCCUCCACGCAAGACCCUUGGACCGGCACAUGGCCUGCGGCGCCCUACACAACCCAAUACCCCCAUACCAGCGCGUGGACCCAAACGACCACCCUCCCACACGCCGACACAACGUUGGAGGAAACCCUCGUGCGAUGGGAAUUCUACAUGCUCAGUGCCCACACCAGCAACGACUCCGCGCCCGCAAAGUCAAGAACAAAGAAAGUCAUACCCCUCGCUUCAACCGAAACUCUCACCAGCGCACUCACCGGUCGCACCAUCAUCGAGUUCCCUACCAUCAUAGCCGUCCCUCACGGCUGGGGUGUGCCAGCGGGAUAUACCGUUGGUUCAACCGAGAGAAGGGCGCCGCGGGUUGGAAAUACAAUGCUAGAAGAGGAGGGCAACAGGAUGUCUACCGGGCGCGGUGACAAUAGCAAGAAGCGGACGUUUGAAUCGCGGUUCGAGGGCAGCAGGCGCGGCGGCUCUUCGCGUGGCGGCGGAAUGGGUUAUGGGAGGGGUGGGAAACGGUUCAAGCCUAAUGAUGGUGGAAGGCCACAAGUACCGCGUGACGAGGAUCAAUCCGACGCUGAAGAAGGCGAAAUCGGCAGCGACGAUGAUGAUGAUGAAGAGACUGGAGUGGGGAACGCGGACGCAGUGCUGACCGAGGGGGGCCCGGUUCUACCGCCGAUGAUGGAUGUGGAUUGGGAUGCGGACCGGAGCAGCAUGACGCUGGGGAGGGAGGUUGGAUAUGGUGGAGGAAGUGUUUUUGCCUUGGGGAGUGAGGCGGACCGGAGUAGUAUGACGUUUGGUCGGGAAGAGGAGGAGCAGGAGGAUGGGGAGGUGAAGGAGGAGGGUGGGAUGGAGAGAGCGCGGGGGCUGGUGGAUUAUGGGUCGUCGGAUGAGUCGGAUUGA